UUUCAAGAUGGCGCUGGACGGGAUCGAGCAAAUGGAUAUCGAGGACAGUAAAGGAGGCUCUGGUCUCCGACAGUAUUACCUGUCCAAAAUCGAGGAGCUUCAGUUGACAGUAAAUGAGAAAAGCCAAAAUCUCAGACGCCUACAGGCUCAAAGGAAUGAGCUAAAUGCCAAGGUGCGUCUCCUGCGUGAGGAGCUUCAGCUGCUGCAGGAACAGGGCUCUUAUGUGGGAGAGGUGGUGAGAGCCAUGGAUAAGAAGAAAGUGCUGGUCAAGGUGCAUCCAGAAGGAAAGUUUGUAGUGGAUGUGGAUAAGAACAUUGAUAUUAAUGAUGUAACCCCAAAUUGCCGUGUAGCACUUCGAAAUGACAGCUACACACUUCACAAAAUCCUGCCGAACAAGGUGGACCCACUGGUCUCCCUGAUGAUGGUGGAGAAGGUGCCAGAUUCGACGUACGAGAUGAUCGGAGGACUGGACAAACAGAUCAAGGAGAUUAAAGAAGUGAUUGAACUUCCAGUCAAACACCCAGAAUUGUUUGAAGCUCUUGGAAUUGCACAACCCAAGGGUGUGCUGCUGUAUGGACCUCCUGGCACAGGAAAGACACUGUUAGCCCGAGCUGUGGCUCAUCACACUGACUGCACCUUCAUUCGGGUGUCAGGAUCAGAGCUGGUGCAGAAGUUCAUUGGAGAAGGAGCUCGUAUGGUGCGCGAGCUGUUCGUCAUGGCCAGGGAACACGCACCCUCCAUCAUCUUCAUGGACGAGAUCGACUCCAUCGGCUCGUCUCGUCUGGAGGGAGGAUCAGGAGGAGACAGUGAAGUGCAGAGGACCAUGCUGGAGCUCCUCAACCAGCUGGAUGGCUUCGAAGCCACCAAGAACAUCAAGGUUAUCAUGGCAACAAACCGUAUUGACAUUCUCGACUCUGCGCUUCUUCGACCAGGCCGCAUUGACAGGAAGAUCGAAUUCCCUCCUCCCAAUGAAGAGGCCCGCUUGGACAUUUUGAAAAUCCACUCGCGUAAGAUGAACCUGACACGUGGAAUUAACCUACGCAAGAUUGCAGAGCUGAUGCCCGGAGCGUCUGGAGCUGAAGUCAAGGGCGUCUGCACAGAGGCAGGGAUGUACGCCCUGAGAGAAAGGAGGGUCCACGUUACCCAGGAGGACUUUGAAAUGGCAGUAGCAAAGGUGAUGCAGAAAGACAGCGAGAAAAACAUGUCCAUCAAGAAACUCUGGAAGUAAACGUUACACUCUGUGAUCUGCUUUUUUUCGUGUCUAAGUUACUUUAUUGUAAUCACCCAAAUGUAUUCAAAAUAAAUAGUUUGAUCUGUUUUCUUUCCUUCCGGAAUAAAAAAAGGUUCAUAAUAA